UGUUAGCUUGUUAGCCGCAGCCUCCAGCAGCAGCCUGUUGAGCGGAGGCGGCAGUUGGUCUCGCGAAGAGCCGAGACACGUUUGACUGACUGGAAGAAGAGUCAGUCUGCUCACAACAACUAAACUAACUUCUUUACUGCUUAGUUAGUUUGUUGUCUCCGUCCGGAAGCUGCAGCGACGUGUGCAGCAGAGUGACAGCCGAAGAUGAGGCGCUGCUGUCGGCGGUGAGCUGCGGGUUCUGUUGAGUCCUGUAGAACUUUCUAUUCAUCACUGAAGCGCCAAGGUGCAUGAUGGGAUCUUUCCGGCGUCCCAGGCCUCGGUUUAUGAGCUCUCCGGUUCUGUCGGACCUCGCCCGGUUCCACGCCAGCUCCCCUUCACUGCAGCUCUCCAACACCAGCGUGUGGAACAGUGUCCAGUCAGCUGUGAUCAAGGUGUUUCAGGGUGGAGCGCUGCAGACUAACGAGCUGUUCACGCUCAACGAGAGCAUCAGGUGGCUCCUCAAGACGGAGAUGGGCUCCUUCAUCACGGACUACUUCCAGGUAUUUCUGUCUCUUUAUUAUUUCCUGUUUGUAAGAAAGACGACUUCCUGUAACGAGCAGCUCGCCGUCCUCGCCGACAUGUGGGACAGAUUCUUUGCAGAGAUCCUUCCAAGCCUGCAGGCCAUCUUCUACCCCGUCCAGGGUCAGGAGCUGACGGUGAGGCAGAUGGCUCUGUUGGCCUUUAGAGACCUCGUGCUGCUGAAGCUCCACCUGGAGGAAACUCUGAGAGCUGCAGCCUGCGUCCCCCCACCUGUCACACAGAUGCUGUUGGUGCUGCAGGGGAUCCACGACGCCGGCGCUCCCAGUUUGGAGUAUUACCAGUUGGAGCGUCUGGUGGAGAUCGUCGUGUCUCCGUACCUCAGUAACGUCCUGCACAACAGGAACCAGCUGCUGUUAGGUGAGUGGUGGAGGUGA